GUGUAAUUUACUGUCUUUAUUAAGCAUCUUCUUAUUAAACUGUUUGUACACUUACAAAGUUCUCAAUGCAUCGCCCCUAGGUUCAUUUUGUGCCAGAAUUGUCCUUUAAUGAACUACUCUCUUUAGUGUCAUUCUAUAAAGAAGACAACUAUUAAUACAUUAUUAAAGCUUCAGCCUGAAACAUUACAGUGGGUUCAGCUAACCAGUUUAAUAAUGUCAGAACGUACAUCCCAGUUAUAUUAAUGUAAUUUAACACACACGGCCUGUUAAAAGUAACACCCACUCAUAAGGAUUUGUCAAUAGCUGAAAGAGCACAUUAAACAACUUGUGCAAAAACAAAGCAACACUGAAAACCUGGGUAAUAUGUGUGAAAGUAACAAUCCCUUUAAGUACUUGCUUGUUGACACUGAGGGUAUAGAUUACAUAUACUUUUAAACCUUAUUCUAUGAAAGAAAUUAUGUCAGUUACUUGAAACAAUGCAUUAUGAUAAUGAUCCUGAAGUAGUAAGAAAAAAAAAUAGUGUCUGAAGGGUGGGGAUAAUGUAACGUAGGUCCACUGGAGGCAAGUUGAAGUGAUGAACCCAUGUGCAGUUUAUUUCCAAACGUGAACAGAUACAACAUAAACGAUGACUUGACUAGAACAGACUUGACCUGAAGCAUGAACCGACCUGAAGCAGGAACCAUGAACAGACGUGACUUGGAACAGACUUGUCAGAGAACUCACCAGCAGCGGUUACAGUAAACAAUCACAAUACUCGACAAGAGACUAUGGAAACAUGAGGAGUAUUUAUACAUUCUAGUUCUAUCUAUUCAUCUUCCUUUUCAUUGAUAUGAUUCUGUUGUGAAUGUAGUAUUUGAUUGCAACCCAGUCUCUGUCUUUCAAAGCCACUGGUUCUGCAGAGCCACUGGUUAUGAAAUGAAUCAUGUGCCGCUCCACAGCCUUCACUUCAUUACCUGUCCAAUUGGUCCUCACCUUCCCAGCUGUCGAAUGUAAACAAAACUCACACAUACACGCCUAUAUUACUAACAGGGGACUAUCACUCUGCUCUGGCCAAGAGGGGACCAUUUUGAAGAAACAAAAAUGACAUACAAAAUUUUCGUUUAAGGUCUUUUUUCAUAAUAUAACUUCAAAUAAGCAUUUUUUUUAUUUUUAAAAAAAACAUGCCAAGAGAGGACCUGCAACUCUGAUGAUGUCUACCUAUCCAACAGGGGACCUCCAUAGCCUCCAAUGGAGCUGUGUGUGAAUCUAGACAUGACGUAAUAAAAGCAUGCACCGCCAUCUCCAGAGUCUUAUCAGUGAGGAAAUGUUUAAUUUUUACAAGUAUACAAAGCUGAGGAAAACUGGACCCGAUCACGGUGGAAAUUUGUUUAUCAACUUUUAGUGAGUCAUCUAAAACAACACCCAGAUUACGUACCUGUGAAGACCUAAAAUCCGAUAGGGAUCCAAGGUCAAAAUUAAGUGCUUUAGUAUUUUCUGAAGGGCCAAAAACAAUUACUUCUGUUUUCUCCUCAUUUAAGGAUAAAGAAAUUUUGAGAUAGCCAGGAUUUAACCUCCUCUAGACAGGAUAAAAGAGCAGUCAUGGCCAGCGGAUCAUUUUUGGAUCCACUGCCUUUUGCUGCCUCAAGCAGCUCCUUCUUUUUUUGUUUUUUUUUUAUCCUUUCUUUGCGAGGCAUCUUUGCACUGCAGAACACACACACAAACACAAAAGGACAUUUCAUACCUUUUCCUGAAAUCUACUAGGGUCACAUCUCCUUCACACUGCACUUUGAUGUCAGGUCAGGUAUUAAUCAUUUUAUAUUGACAUUGAUAUUUUUACAUUUAUUUCCAAAGAGAUAUUAUUGAGUUUACAGGCUAAAGUGGUCUUGCUGUUGUAAACACUGUUGCUAUUGUAGGAAAAAAAAAAAAGUGUCACAUUUAAAAUAUAAUUAUAUUUUAAUUCAUUUCUGAAUUGUUUUUAUUUUUGUAAUGAUAAUUCAGAGAAUGAGAAAAUCUGAAUAAGCCUUCCCAGUGUUGUGAUAAUUAUUUUUAAGGCACCCUACGUUUUAAAAAAAUAAAUAAAUACUGUAAUAUAAUAAUAGUUUAGUCAAAUAACAUAAAAAAGACCAGACCCCUCGAUGCCUGUGAAACUUUUCUCCCUCAAACAGCACGCUAACAUUACUUCUACACACAGCAAUAUAAACAACAUAUCUGCAUGUUCUCACAUCACAUCGUUCUUGUAAAAUAAUAAUAAGUAAGUAAACAUCAAAAGCACUUCGCUGAGAAUGAACCAGCUGCCGCGGUGUUGAAAAUAUCCCCUGGCAAUUAAAAAAUGCGCGUGCGGCGUGAGGAAUCCCCCCGGUCGGAUGAGGUUGUCGUCGACAGGUGAAUGGUCAUCAUGUAAAUUUUAUUUACGACUAAAUUAUUAUUCAUAAAUUUUACUAAUAUUUAGAUUGGGCAUGGGCAGGCAUUCACAAAAGGUCAUGUUAUUACAAAAAAAAUUAGAGGAAAUUUUGCUUUGACAAAAGGGCACUUUGGCCACCAAGGGGCAAAGGGGCAGGUGCUCAUUAAGGCCUCUUUUUCUGAAAUCGGUACUUCCAUUCAGUCAAUGAUUAACUUGUUUCUAAGUGCUGGGGUAGUCCCGAAAUGUUUCAAGCAUGCUGUAGUUCAACCUUUGCUUAAGAAACAGGGUUUAGAGGAAACUUGCCUUGAUAAUUAUCAGCCUGUCUCUAAGCUUUCAUUUUUAUCAAAACAUUUAGAAAAAGUCGUAUAUUCACAAUUGAUUUCCUUUUUGAAUACAGCUAAAUUAACAGAAACUCUCCAAUCUGGUUUCUCUGCUCAUCAUAGCACUGAGUCUACUUUGCUUAAAGUAUUCAAUGACAUUUUGCUUGCAGUUGAUAGUGGUAAAAAUUCAGUCCUGCUGCUUCUUGAUCUUACAACUGCUUUUGAUACAGUUGAUCAUGAUAUUCUCCUUUGCCGGUUAGAAAAUCUGUUUGGUAUUGGAGGUAUUGCUUUGCAGUGGUUCAACUCAUAUCUUAGAGACAGGUCUUUUUCUGUUGAGUUAGGUAAGUUUUCUUCAUCUGUUGCUCCUAUUACCUGUGGAGUGCCUCAAGGAUCCAUUUUGGGGCCACUUCUUUGUAAUUUAUAUAUGCGACCUUUGAGGGACAUUAUUAGGAGACAUAAUGAUUCAUUUCAUUUAUAUGCUGAUGAUACCCAGUUGUACAUACCAUUGAAAGCUGGCGAUACCAUUCAACCCUUAUUGGCCUGCCUUGAGGACAUCAAGAAAUGGCUGUCCAAUAGCUUUCUUCGACUAAAUGAAAAUAAAACUGAAGUAAUCGUCUUUGGCCCCCCUAAGUUGAGAAAUGGUCUCAUAAAUGAGCUUGGCAAGCAUUUCCCCUCAGUCUCCUCCCAGGUUAGGAAUCUUGGGGUCAUUCUGGACUCUGAACUUUGCUUAGCUAAAUUAAUCAAAUUAAAAUCAAAUUAAUACAGUUGUCAAGAACAGUUUUUAUCAGUUACGGAUCAUUGAAAUGAUCUGAAAUCAUUUUUAACUUUUAAUGACCUGGAGAAAGUCAUUCAUGCUUUUAUCACCUCCCGCCUUGACUAUUGUAAUUCAUUAUAUUUGGGUCUUCCUCAGUCAUCCAUUGCACGCUUACAGAUGGUACACAAUGCAGCUGCAAGACCGUUGACCGGGGCAAAGAAAACAGAUCACAUUACACCAAUUUUAGCCUCUCUUCAUUGGCUUCCUGUCUAUUUUAGAAUUCAAUUUAAAAUGUUGUUGUUUGUUUUUAAAGCUCUUAAUGGUCAAGUCCCAUCUUAUCUCUCAGUUCAUCUUAUUCCUUCUUCAUCCUCCAGAUCUCUAAGAUCUUCUGAUAGAGCUCUCUUGGUUGUCCCUCGUUCACACUUAAAAAUGAAGGGUGAUAGGGCUUUUUCUAUUGCUGCCCCCCGUCUCUGGAACCAACUUCCACUGGACAUUCGCCUUGCACCUUCCAAUACAACUUUUAAAAUGAAAAAGUUGAAAACAUAUCUUUAUUUCCAGGCAUUUUAAUUGGAUUUUGUCUAUGUUCUAUUGUUUUAUUGUAUCAUCUGUUUUGUUUAUUUUUUGUUUAUCUUUUGACUUUGUUCAGCACUUUGGUCAGCUCUGCUGUGAUAAAUGUGCUUUAUAAAUAAACUUACUUACUUACUUACUUAAACUGUGCCCUAAGAACACAAUCAAUCCUAUAAAAAACACUGAACCACCCCUUUAAAACAUCUUAAAAAUGCACAUAUGUACACCAGGGAAAUCUAGAUUUUCUAGGGGAGCAUGCCCCUGUACCCCCCAAACAAACGUCAUUUUCUGACCAGGGUAAUCAUGAAACCCUGCGUACGGCCCGGCUUAUAUUCUAUGUAAUGAAAUCUGAAAUGUGUAUUUCUACAAAUGUGCGCACUUUUGGACUAAAAGUUUGUAUGUGUAUGCGCUGUGAUCAUAAAUAAAUGGGCCAAACACGAUUGAAUGUAAAGGUUUGUGUUUUGUUAUUCUAUUAAUAACUACUGAAUGAUUUUUACUGAUUAUUAGUGUAAUAGUGUUGCAUUUUGUUUUAAAUAUCUCGAUUUCUAUGCACGACUUUUAUUUUGGAGUGACGACAUGACGUCAUAAGACUGCGCCGCGCUCCUGCAUCUGCUGUGAUUCUUGUGAUUCUGCUGAAGAAAGGUCAUUGAAGACUUUUAAUUAUUCUCUUCUUAAAGAUGGAGUUUAUUAAAGAUGAGACUGAAGACAUGAAGAUUGAUUUUAUUAAAGAUGAGUCUGAAGACAUGAAGAUUGAGUUUAAUAAAGAGGAGUUUGAAGAAAUAAAGACUGAAGAAACAUUCAGUGUGAAACAUGAAGAAACUGAGGAACAAACAGACCUAAUGGCACUGAAAGAGGCGAGUCAUGAACUUAAUGAAAGGCAAGAAGAGGAAGAACAUUAUUAUAAACAUCAUUUCAUGACUGGGGAAAGAGCAACACAGGGUUCCUCACAAAAAAGAGCUCAAAAGACUGGAACUAAGAGUUCUGGAGAGAAGCCUUUCACCUGCCAACACUGUAGAAAGAGUUUCAGACAUAAAAGAAACCUUAAAGUCCACAUGAUAAUUCACACCAGAGAGAAGCCUUAUUGCCAACAGUGUGGAAAGAGUUUCACAAGUGAAGAAAACCUUAAAGACCACAUAAGAAUUCACACUGGAGAAAAGCCGUAUACCUGCCGACAAUGUGGAAAGAGUUUCAGUCAAAAGGGAAACCUUAAAGACCAUAUGAGAAUUCACACUGGAGAAAAGCCGUAUACCUGCCGACAAUGUGGAAAGAGUUUCAGUCAAAAGGGAAACCUUAAAGACCAUAUGAGAAUUCACACUGGAGAAAAGCCUUAUACCUGCCAACAAUGUGGACAGAGUUUCCGUCAAAAGGGAAGCCUUACAGCCCACAUGACAAUUCACACUGGAGAAAAGCCUCACACCUGCCAACAGUGUGGAAAGAGUUUUAAUAGAAAAGGAAAACUUGAAAACCACAUGAGAGUUCACACUGGAGAGAAACCUUUCACCUGCCAACAAUGUGGACAGAGUUUCAGACAUAAAGAAACCUUUAAAUACCACAUGAGAAUUCACACUGGAGAGAAGCCCUUCACCUGCCAACAGUGUGGAAAGCGUUUCACACGUGAAAACCACCUUAAAGACCACAUGAGAAUUCACACUGGAGAGAAACCUUUCGCCUGCUACCAAUGUGGACAGAAUUUCAGUCAUAAAAAAAGCCUUAUAGACCAUAUGAGAAUUCACACUGGAGAAAAGCCUUACACCUGCCAACAAUGUGGAAAGAGUUUCAGUCAAAAAAUAAGCCUUAUAGGCCAUAUGAGAAUUCACACUGGAGAGAAACCUUUCACCUGCCAACAAUGUGGACAGAGUUUCAGUCAUAAAAUAAGCCUUAUAGUCCACUUGAGAAUUCACACUGGAGAGAAACCUUACACCUGCCAACAAUGUGGAAAGAGUUUCACACGUGAAGAAAGCCUUAAAGUCCACAUGAGAAUUCAUACUGGAGAAAAGCCUUUCACCUGCCAACAAUGUGGAAAGAGUUUCAGUCAUAAAAGAAGCCUUACAGUCCACAUGAGAAUUCACACUGGAGAAAAGCCAUAAGGCAGGAACACACUAAGCCGACAGUAAGUUGUCGGGUAGUUUUUGUUCGGCCGACUAAGGCUACGUCCACAUGAAGCCGGAGCUUACCCUAUCCAAUCUUUUUUUUUUUCUUCCUUGUUUCAAGAAAUAUCUGCGUCCACACGAAACCUCUGAAAAGAAUCAAAACAAUGUAGUAUACAUGCCAGACCAAUAUGUGGCUCUGUAAUUCUGUCACAGAGAUACACUUAAAGCAGCGAAUAAGACUUGGAGCAUGUGCAUAAACCUUGCGCACUGUAUAAAAACUAUAGUAAAGAUUAGAAAUAAUGCUUUAUUUUGGCUCAGUAGCCUCUGCAGCAUGAACACAAGCAUAUAGAGUCUGGUAUUGAUGUUGUUGUUCAGUCAGGACCACUUAAUUCAAAAAUUACAAGAGACAAAAUUUAGUAAAUUUUUUAUUGGCAUAUUUUGCUAAAGUUAGAAUUUUGCGGUAUGGCUCAGUUCUAAAUUCCCAGUCCUUUUCAUGAGCUCCAUGAAAAGCCAAGACCGGGAACAGCAGCAGCUUCUGGGGACAACCUCCCAUUUUUUAACUGGGAGAGCAACAGAAAAUCCCCCUAUUGAGAACAGAGCCUGCAUCAGUGACAACAGAAUGACACUGAUUAAGUUCAACACAAGUUUAAGGAGGAGGGUUACAAGCAGCGUGCAGUGGAAGCAGCCAAGCAAGCAGAGAGACGGAAGCUGCGUUUAAGUAAUGCGCCUUAUUUUAGAGUUGCCAAUGGAGUCCAUAGAAACCGGAUCAGCUGAUAUGGGUGUGGCUGGAAUUUGUGAAUCAGCUGAUAGCGGAGCUUGACUACGAGGCCUUCCUAAACUAACGCUGACGCUCAAUUUUUGUGCUGUUAGCAGUGUCUGACUAGGGUUGACAAAUGGGGUGAUGACACCAUAAAUUCUCUAAAUUUACGGAUAGGCUGUACACACAAAAACGCAAAGACGCCGUUUUCAGAUUUAUCCACUCUGGGGGCCGGUUUCAAAAAUAGCGGUUUUACCUUCCAAAAUCGCCAGAUCUGUGUGGACAAAACGCCUAUCCAAUACAAAAUGUGUGUGUAUUUACAAAAACGUGUCUCCAUGUGGACGGGCCUAAGUUUUCUCAGUGUGUUCCGCAGCAUCGGCUGAAGUUGGUCCUCAUUGACUUUUUUUUUUUCUGCCCGAUUCGACAUGUUGAAUCAGUAUCGGAGCUCCUCGGUCCAUCUGAUCAUUCUUAUUGGCUGUUCAGAUACUGCCACCUGCUGGCUUGGAAAGGCAUUUCAUCUUACCCAGGCGCAGAAGGGGCGUGCUGCUUGUCCAUCAGCUGUCAAGCAUCGGUUUGGUGUGUCAGGGCAACUCUGGACACAGACGCUGCCAACGUGAGCCCAACCCGCAGUCUGCUUUCAGCGCCACUAGUUCGUCGGUGUCGGCUUGGUGUGUUCUUGCCUUUACACCUGCACUCUGUGCAGGAAUGGCGUCACAUAGGAAUGAAGCCUUAGGGAAUACAUGAAUAUUCACACUGAAGAGAAAGAGUUUCACUCGAAAGAGAGCUGUUUUAGAAGUCACUGUGGAAACUGCCUGAAAACAAUUCUUGAAUAAAAGUACACAUACUUUACAAUGAAAAUGACUCUGUUACAAGUUAAAAGUGACCAAUUCUAAAGCCCCAGGUAUACUUCGGCCAUCCGCGUUCGUGCACCGUCCGCAUGACGUAAUUUUUUUAUCAUGAGGAGGGCUCGCGGCCGGCCGCACACCCUGGCCGCGUGCAGGCCAAAUUUCGAGACCGCGCGGACAGUCCGCGUGCAACAGCGCAUGCGCAAGCAGUAUAGAGGAGUCCACUAGGUGGCAAUACGCACAGUAUUGAGCACAGUGUUCAGCUGUCAAAAAAGAGUGUGAAAAGACUGGUUUAAAAAAAAGAGAAAAACACGACAAUGGACAGCGAACUUGACCAGCGUUUGUGCGAAGAGAUUAGAAAGUAACCACAUUUGUACAAUUCAUGUUUGAAAGAGUACAAAGAUGUCUUUAGGGUGACAAAUUCAUGGAGGGGGAUAAGUAAAAUAUGGGAAAGGAUGCACUUCUUUUCUUCUCCGAUCAUGCCCAGUGAAUGUCACGUUGAUGACACGACUCAGUGCUGCUCUCCGAUGUCUGGUAGAGCAUAGAAAAAAGGAUGUAGUGCGCAUGUGACAAACGCGGUCAUCCGCGCGCAUCCGUGGUGUAGUAUACUUUGAAAGACGCGCGGACGGGACUGCGCGCGUGACGCGUCCGGGCGCGGAAAGUGAAGUAUACCCGAGGCUUAAGACAACUUGAGUAAAAGUCUCGGAGUAUCUGAUUUUAACUGUACUUUAUUUUACUCAUGCUGAAUUUAGGCUUGAAGAUGCACUAGUCCUCGACACUAGUCCAGAAAUGCCAGGGAAAAUAAGAAAAAGUUGGCAAAGUGCAUGAUAUUCUGGGGUAGUCCCUCCAUGUAAGCAUUAGGUACCUGGAAGACUUUAAUAAGAUUGUGUAGACAUUAACACUAUCCUGCAGACUAUAGUUAACAUGAACUAACAAUACUUUAAAAGGCUUUUCAAAUUUUGGCUUAUGUAAUUUUCAACAAAUGCCAAUUUUUAUGCUAUUAAAAUAAAGUAAUGUGGUAUCAUUAAGAACUAACAUUAAAGGGUCUUGAAACCCCAGAACACAUUUUUUGAGCUGUGAACAGAUAUAUAUAUAGGCUGCACAUCAUUGAAAACACUAAAGGUACUCAGUAAUUUUAUUUAAAAGUUGAAAUUAAUUAUUUUGCCGUUUUUUAGAGCGAUUUCUGUCUUCCGGUUUGAAAAGCAAAGUCGGAGCAACGUCACAAAAUCUGACGUCAUCGGUAUUCAGUGGUAUUCAAUAUUCAGCAUGAAGAAGCAUCACUUCUCUUGCCUCGGUCUCUUGUCAUUCAGAGACAUAUCAUUGGUGUUUGUUUCCUCAGUGCUACAAUACAAAAAUAUGUUUUCCUACGAUGCAACCAGAGCAAAAGCUUGAGUGCAUGUGGAUUGUUUUGCUGUAAUCUACCAGCACAAUUUGUUUGCAUGAGAUCGCAUUACAGCGGAAAAUUCAAAUGUCACUAAAGUGCUGUUCAUUCACCUCUGCGUUCGGACACAUGAGCCGUAUGUAUGUUUCCCUCAGCACAGCAGAACAUGAGUGUAGGGUCUGCACAGUCUCAAGGAUGAGCAGGUCCCACCAUAAACUGUGUUUAAGCCUCAAUUCACGGAACUUUGGUUUGUAAAUCUUACAUCGAUUCCGGCCCGGCAGACACUAAUGGAUCACGAGACUCUUUUUAUGACUGUUUCGAUAAGUCCCCUAACCUCUCCUCCGCGACUUCAAAGGGGGUGCAACACCACGGAUCGGGUUUCUAGGGACCAGGUCCAAAUUCCAAACGGUCAUAAAAGGAAAAUACACGCACACACCCACAGACACACACACACACACGGCUCCCCUACAUAGAGACUGUAUGCACAAACAUUAUACCUACAAAUAUGAAUGUAUCUGCCAUUGUAGUGCUCGCUGCAUGUAUGUGUUACUAGUGUAGAAUUGUAGAAUUGACUGUAGUAGGUUAGUUUUCAUGUGAAACUGUAGUAAUAGAGUGUAAAGGGUAUCUUCUUUAUAUGACGAGGGACACCUGUCGAGUUUGAUUUCUCCGUAAAGCUGUGAAUCCGAGCUAUUCACUGAUGUACGUUACAUGUCUGUCAAAUGCAUCGUUCAAUGUUUAAUAACACUAUGAAGAAAAUGCAUUGAUUCAACAUACCAUAAAUUUAUUCGGGAGACAGGACAAAGGAAUGUGGAAACCCGCCAAAUUGCAACGCUAGCAUUGGAGGACGUUAUCAAGAAGGCGUUCUGGUCUGUUGUCUUUAAAACACCAUGACACGCGUCUUUUGGUGGCACAAGUUUUCUGCACGAGUUCCUGCCGUCAAGACGGACUCUCUUCUUUAUUUUCCGGUCAUAUUACAACAGUUAAACCUUCGUUUGAAACUUCGCCGAAACAACCUCCGGACGAAGAAGCAACUAUCAAACCGAGCGCUCCGAAACUCCAAGCACCCUGACUAACCUAUGCAAGUAUAACGUUUUUACGAUUUUAAAUACUGAGUUUCCUUGCUGGCUCUUACAGGUGAACGGUUGCAAUUUGACCUGCUUUGAUCAUCUCUUUCGUUUCUGCCUUUCCUUCUACUUUGUAUGUAUUUGUAUUUACUUGUGUCCAUUUAGCCGUAUAACCUGUGUAUUACCCGUUUCGUAUAUUAAACUCAUUAUAUCCAUG